AUGAGGACUGGUUACUUGGUUUGUUUGUCUUUGGGAAUUUGCCUUCUACUUCAAGUUCAUCAUGCUCAUGCCAAAGAAAAUAAAACAGACCCGACGGACAAUGUAAAUCUAAGUCCAUUCCAGGCUUGGAGAAGUGCUUAUUACUGCUUGCAGAAAAAAGCCCCUGGUAAUUGCACAGCACUUGAGACGGUUUCGCUGACAGAGAAAGGACUAUUGGAUGUGAUCCCAAGUGAGAUAGGAGAAUACUGCAGUGCAGCCUCAGGAUGUGCACAACACGUCUUGGAUGUGCUUAAGUGCGUCCACCUUUGCAAAAGAGACUUCUGGUUCGCCAACAACGCCACUGUUUCAGUGCUUAAUCAAACCAUUCAUGAUGGAUGCUCUAAAAAUCAAAGUAUUUCGACACUGAGUUGGAAAAAGAGCAGUGGGAUGAAGGUGCAGCAGAAGAUGUAUAUACCAUUUGUUGCAUCACUAUCAACCUUGGCCUUCAUAGCCAUCUUCAACAUGUGA